AUGAUCCAAGAGAUGCUAAAUCUGUUCGCAUCACUUAUCACAAAUGGGGGAGGCGCGAUUUCCUCGAAACCCUUGACUGAUAGCUUCGGCUGGACGGAAGAAGAGGUGUGUGUGCAUCAAGACAUUCAGGAACUGAACCGUCUGUUAUUUGAGCAAAUUGAAAUUGCUCUUAAGGGAACGGAUGAGACCAAUCUGAUAAGCGAUUUGUUCCGUGGUGUUCAGUGCACCAGAGAUAUCAAUCUCUCGGUGAUGGAUCACGAUUCCGUCGAGGACUCUUUAGCCGCCCACACACAAAUGGAGCGGCUUACAGGCGAAAACCAAUACUUUUGUGAUGGAUGCCGAUGUAAAGUUGAUGCCAUCAAGGUGCUAAAGCAACGCCACAUGUACAGACGACCCACAAUCCUGAUGUUCCUUGACUUCAAGGAUGCAUUUGAUUCUGUCAAUCGACCAUUGCUGUCAACUAUACUCGCUCCAGAAGUUUGUAAACCUAAUCCGAUUCCUAUAUUCACACACUUUGGGGCGGUCAUUGAUGAAAUCAUGAAGCGAACACUAGACGGUCUCCAAAACUCCAGUGUUCCAAUUGUUGCUGAUGAGAGCCUUGUCGAUUUGGGAUACGCAGAUGACAUGGCCCUCAUCUUUGAAGACCAAAGCGAAGCACAGACCCUUUUGAAUAAACUGACCACCAUCAUACCAUCUUUUGGCAUGCGCCUUGUACCUUCAAAGUGUAAAGUCAUGCUUCAGAACGUGUCAUCUGCGAAUGUACUUCAAUGUGGAAAAUCAUCCAGAAUCAUCGAUUACGAUGGCUCGGUCAUGUGCUACGCAUGCCAAAACACCGUCUACCGAGGUGGACGGCGCAUGACUUGGCAGAAAGGCGUGAAAGAGAUAACGAAGAGUUUGGGUGUUGUUGGUGUUGUACGCCUUCGAGGAUGGGGUCCGCGUGACCCCGCCUGUGCUUGGCUGGAGAAUAUAUAUAUAUAUAUACGGCAGUCAAACACCAGUGCCAACACUGAUGUUACUGUCUUUGAUGAUGACGAUGAUGAUGCAGCAGAACUGACGAUUGACACUGAAAUUGCAGUAGACAAGAUCGCUUGCGGUCCGAGCGGAAGCUUAUCGUCUUUCCUUUUGGUGCCAUGGAAACAACUGGCUGUCCGCCUUCACGUCUUGGCUGCGCGUGCAGCCCAUCGGAAGCUGUCCAUCAUUCGAUUGGCGAGCCAGCCUGGCUGUUCGUCCGUACUCAUCGCACUUAUCAGCAUAUAA